GUUUUGAUAUCUGUCAAGUGCCCUUUCUUGGUUGCAUUGGUGUGUUCUUGGUGAAGAUGGUUAAGAGUAGCCAAAUUUUCACUUCUCUUAUUGUUGUUAAUUUCUUGUUGGUGACGAGCUAUGGAACUGACACUGAUAUCUUCUGCUUGAAAAGCAUAAAAGAUUCCCUUGAAGACCCUUACAAUAUUUUGAAGUCUUGGAAUUUCAACAACAAAACUGAAGGGUUCAUUUGCAGGUUCAUAGGGGUUGAGUGUUGGAACCAAAUUGAGAACAGAGUCUUGAUUCUGAAACUCUCCAACAUGGGCCUCAAGGGUCAGUUUCCUAGAGGCAUUGGGAAUUGCUCUAGCUUAAAUGGCUUAGACCUUUCAAUGAACAAUCUUUCAGGAGCCAUUCCAAGUGACAUAGCCACUCUUCUACCCUUUGUGGUAUUUCUUGAUCUAUCAUCAAAUAAAUUUUCUGGGGUAAUACCCAGUAGUCUUGCAAAUUGUUCCUACAUGAAUGCCCUUAAACUUGAUCAGAAUCAACUAAGUGGUCAAAUUCCUCAACAAUUGGGUCUUCUCCAACGACUCAAGACAUUUACUGUGUCCAACAAUCUUUUGACAGGACCAGUUCCAAGCUUCACCAAUGGUCAUGUUAUGGUAAAUUAUUCAAAUAAUAAAGGCCUAUGUGGUGGACCUUCAUUGAGACCUUGCCCCAAAGAGGCUUCCAAGAAGUUGUUGUACUGAAUGCUCUAAUUUAAGCACUAGAACAAUUAAAAUUGUAUCUUGUGUAGGAAAUACUGAAGCUAAAGAUGGAUCUAUAAGAGCACAGGUGUUGAAGUCUUGUA